GAUUUUCACCCGAUUUGACUGUUUAAGGGUUAUAAGUUGUGGGUCAGCCAGCUUUAAUAAAAGGCGGACAACACCAGUGAAAUCACAGGAUGGGAGAUGAUUUGCGAUGAACUCGCUCCGGCCAUGGAACUUGUUUGGAAAGACGAUGUAUGCGGCGCAUGCCCAAGGUGCUGGCAGCAACUUGGUGCUUCAACUCAGCAAAGCGCGAGCAAAGCAACAGGCACAAGAGACUGACCUUAGUUCACCCUUCUUGCGGAACUUCUUCUACUUGCUCGCUCCGUCCUCAGUCUUUUGGGCCUGGCUUCUCUUCACCAGGUGGCGAUAUGGUGAUGCUGACCGUUUGCGCGCCCUUGAGGACAAACCCGGAGGAGUGAUUCUUCUGGAUUUGCUCGCCUGGAGAAUCACCGCCCACCUGGGUCCCUACCAGGUCCCGAACUUUUGCCACGCCAAGAUGCACGAGGAGUCGCUGAAGAUGCUCCAGGAGUCGGUGAUGUUGGAUCAAGAGCGCAUGCGCGCCCUCAGCAGGCUUGGCCAGCUCUCCCAAAGGCACCUAGCAGCACAAAGCCUGGCUCCCCUGGGUGCCGAAGCAGGGCCAGGUGCACCGUUGGAGGCGAUUCGCCCGUUGCUCUUUGAUGCCUUCUACCAGGCCUCGGAGUCUGCCCGGGCACCGGGCAGCAGCACCGAGUCGCACAAGGCGCAGGCGACCAAGAUCAUCCUGGACGUAGUGUCCGCCUGUGCUCCGGAGGAGCGGCAGGUACCGCCCUGGGUCUUGAGUGGCCUCGUGAGGGCCAGGGGCGCUCCCUGGCAAUCGGGUGCACAAGGAGAGGAGGUGCGUGCCACUGUACUGGUGCAGUUGCUGCGGACGCCGGCCAAUGCGCAGACGGCCGCCUCCUUGCCGGAGGUCUGUGAAUAUUUGGCGCGACCAGGGCUGAAAAGGAAAGAGGACACGGCGUGGCCUUUGAAGGCCUACCUCAUGAGCGGGGAGACUCACGACAUCCUUCGGCGUGGCGCGCGACUGGUGGCCAAACAGCGCCCCGGGGCAGUGGAGCCUCAGCUCAAGAGGGACCGAGACACGCCGAACUUGCAGAUCAAGCGGGACGUGCGGAACGCUUGGAGCACCAUCCUUCUGACGGCAGGGUGGGCUGCCAUGCAGCACUUCAGUGGGGUCUACACCAUCCAGGCCACUCUUCAGAUGGCCGCAGGGGUUGCUGGAGCUCUUGGAGGCACCGUGGUGCUGGAAACGCUCUGGCGCUUGGAGGAGCUGGCCAUCGAAUCCGAGUGGUACUGGAAGGAUCCCUUUGGCACAGUUCCCGCCUCCGCCGUGAUGGUCUUGGCCAACUGCGGCGCUUUGGCUUGGGCUGUGCGCCAUUCCUGCAUCGUGCCAUUCCUGAUUUGCAGACUCUUCAAGGACGAUUACUUCGAUGCCCAUCGAACAUUUGAGUGAGGACCCAGUGAGGGGCGGGAAAUCAAAAA